AUGGAUUGGGAGGCCAUGGAGAUGGUGUGCUCUGUGGAUUUCUGGAGGAUGGCUGUCCUGUGGACGCUCUCCCUCCUCUACUCCUACGUCCUGUUGAUGCUCAAGGAACCCCUCUCUUUCUUCCGACGUCGCCCUUGCCGGCUGUCCUACACUCCUCACUUGGGAAGUAGACUGAGGGGGCUCGGAAAGCCUAUCUGCAUAAUUACCGGAGUAAGCCGGUUCUUCUGACUCGUCUCUUCGAUUCUUUUUUUGUCUCCCGGAUGGGUCCGGAUUGGUGUGACUAAUUCGACCAUUCUUUAACCUCUGGGAGAUGAAACUGCAGGGGACAUCUGGUCUGGGAGCGGCCGCCGCAAGGUCCCUUGCUGGGAAGGGGUACUGUGUUGUUCUAGGUAAAUAUCCGUCAAAAUGAGGAUCAUCGAAGCAGCAGUUUGCAUGUAGAUAUAGUUUUUGUUCUCAGAUAUUGAUUAUUUAUGAUAUGUAACUCAUUUGAAUUUUCCUUAAAAAAAGAUAUCCUUGAAAGUAAGUUGAUGAUCUUUUGUUCUGUCUGGGUAGUUUUGCACCUCAUGAACCAGACAAACCGAUCUCGGACUUCUGCAAAUACCUGGACCAAUUGGAUGCAUUUUCUCUCUCAUUGAUCAAUCGGAAGCCACAAUAUGAAUUAAUGGUGUUGAUAGGUGGCAUUUAGAUUACAAGUUAGUAGCUCAAAGAAUGUCCACUCAUAUAACAAUGACAUUGAAGAAGGGUAUCCAUCUGUCUCCAAGAAAUCAGUUCUGUCAUUAAGCAUUUUUCCAUUGUUAAUAAAUCCCCUCUUCAGUUAUUGUAUAUUUAAUGUCAUAAAAUUUCACAUCUAUGGAAACUCUGUGUGUUAUCAAAUAUAUUCCAUCAUGCUCUCUUUUACUAGUUGUCUAUGAAAUAAUCAUUGUGUGGUAACUGAAUCCUAAUAAUAUGGUUGAAAAUGACAGCUGGGCGGUCUCCCCAACUGCUUUCUAAGGUACAUGUGGACUUAUGUUGGGAUAUAUUUCCUCUUUUUAUGCUGUUCCUUCCACACUUACCUUGUAUAAAGUUUCUGGCCAUCUUUUGGUUAGAUUGUGGAUGAGAUCAUGGAACAGGUUGAGGAUGCUGAAGUGGAAGCAUUUGUGGUUGACUUGUCUUCUACGCAGUCAAUUAUGAAGUUCAAAAGUGCCUUGGAACAGUGGCUUUCUGAUUCUGGCUCACAUUUUUCUGUCCAACUCCUGAUAAACAAUGCUGGGAUAUUAGCAGCAACACAUCGGCUCACUGCAGAUGGAUAUGAUCAGUAAAUAUUAUUCUUAUCUUUCGAAAAAGUUAAAAUUUUAAUAUUCUUUUUGAUUUCUGAAGAAAAAAAGAAAAGAUACAUUGCCGGAAUUUAUAUUCUUUUAUGUUUUUAUAUGUGUCUUGCUCUUUGGUGCGAAGUUGUCUCAGUUCACUGGUGAUUCUACCCCACUGCUUUUGAUUAUAUUUAAUUGAGCUUGGUUAGAUUUUUUAACCAGGACAUUCCUUCAAAGACCAAAGAAUUUACUUGAAAAUCAUAUUGAAUUGGGACUAUUUUUUUGAACGAGAUAGAGUUAUUCGAGGCAAGGAUAGUAAAAUAUUAAAUAAUUAUGGAGGAUCUCUUGUUUUAUUGAGUAAAAGUUGGGUGGUGUAAAAUCCAAUCCCAUUCUUUCAAAAUUAGACAGAGUUUGUACUAUUUUCCUUCUCUCAUCCGUGCAAUAGAUGUAGUGACGUAUAGUGGCAAAUAUCAGUUGUCCUAAGUUUGAAUAUCUAUCUCGUCACACGCUAGUUUAUCUAGUUCCUAGCUAGGAAACGUUCGUGGUAUCUCCUAAAAUGAUGAUAUUGAUGCAGAACAGCUAGACCCGUAUUAGUUGUAAAAGAAUUACCAUGUUCUUCAUUAUCAAUUUAAUCUAGCUGAAGGUAGAUACAUCAUAUGGUCUUUUAACCAUUACAAUAGCCUCGAUUCUUGGCACCAUUGUAUCUGCUGGUGAAGAUUUCAAUGUUUAAAUGUUUUGUUUCAACAGGUUGACGCUUUAUGUAUCUGUUUAAAACGAAUAAUUCGGUGAAUAUCUCAAACAUUACAGUCUUAAAACUUUGCCUUUCACUCAAUUACGAUUCAUAGAUGUCCAUUAUGACAUUACAGUUAUGUGUCAGGAUGAUGGAGACAAAUUACCUGGGUGCCUUCUGUCUUACCAACAUUCUUCUACCUCUACUUAAGAAUAGCCCUGUGCCUUCUCGAAUUGUUAAUGUGACAUCAUUCACGCAUCGCUGUGGUGAGCACAUUAUCCACAUUUUCUCAGGGACAGUUAUGAUUCAGUCGAUCCAUUGGUUUUUGAGAAUAUUUCAUGAAAAUCUUGGUUUCUAGUUUUUCUCUCUCUAUAGUAUAGCCAUAUUUAUAUUUUUGGUGUCUGAUACUUGCAGUUUUUUUGGUCUGUUUAAACUUUUAAUCACUGUGACUGAUUUUAAUUUCCUCUUCAGUUUCCUCUGCGCAGGUUAAUGGGGGAGAUUUGGUGAAAACCAUGUAUUAUUUAUCAUCAUCAAAAGGAUAUCCAUUUGCCCGUGUGUACGAAGACUCAAAAUGUAUGUUAUCGAUUACUUUGAGAAGAAAAAAAUUCGGGUUCGACAUAAUUGCCACUUUUCGAAAAAUUCCUUCUAACGUGUAGUUGUUGGGUUGACUUUCUUUGACAGUUUGUCUCCUUCUCUUUACCUAUGAGCUUCAUCGAAGGCUUCAUAUGAUCCAAUCGCCUCAUAAGAUCUCUGUCAUGUAAGCCUAUCAUUCAGAGACUCCAUGCUUCCACAGAUUUCACGGGCUACUUUUUUUUCAUUUUUUUUUCUUUUUAUGCUGCGUCUGUGAGCUCGUUUUUCCUAAUUACACAUAGUUUGAAUGUAAUAUAUUGCACAUUUUUUCGGAUUUCAAGCCUCUUUGUUCAUAUGAGAAACAACUUCAAUCGCUGCACCUGUUUAUUUGAUUAUAUCACAAGUUUGACAUUUUGGCUACAGAUUAUUGGUUUCGUGUUAAUUACUCAAUCUUAAUUCUUACAGUGCUGCAGAUCCCGGAGUGGUUGACACCAAGAUCAUGCGUGAGCUUCCACCGUGUCUGUCAAGGUUGGCCUUCAAAGCCCUGCUGUAUCUGAGACUCCUGCAGACCCCCGAAGCUGGGAUUGGCGCAGUUGUGGAUGCUGCUCUAGCGCCUCCAGUAAGCCAGUUCCUAAUAAUGGUUCCCUUUUUCUCCAUUCAGAAGGUUGAGCAUAUGUUCAUUUAUUUCUUCUAUCGUGAUGUAUUCCCCCCCCCCCACCCAGGAAGCAUCUGGGCUGUACUUUUUUGGUGGGCAAGGGAGGACAAUCAGAUCAUCUGCAACAUCCUACAACCAGAAACUUGCAGACGAGCUAUGGACCAGUUCAUUGCAGCUUCUCUGCAAAGCAAAUGCCGAGCUCAAGCUUGAUGGGGACUUCUCAGCUUGGUAA